CUCACGAUUUUAUAUAUAUAUAUAUAUAUGUAUAAAUCAUGAUAUAUAUGUAUAUAAAAUUGAUGAUAACCACUAAGCCAACUACUGUUGGGUAGUCUACUCUAGCUACUCAGUUAAUUUCAUGUUAGAAUUAUUCCUGAUAUUUUCUGCUGGUACAAAAUACUCAAUGGGAUUGUAUGAAUUGCCUAGGUUUAUUACUGUUCUCACAUGCACAUAGUUGGAUAGGCAAGGGAUUUAAAGUCUCUAAUAGCUGUAAGAUUGGAAUAGACAGUCGAGAUAAUAUACCGAUCAACAAGACGCUUAUCGAUAAUAAUACUUCUGAGAGAAUGGCUUUACCAAGUAGAGCACGUGUCUACGCCGAUGUAAAUUCACAUAAACCAAGAGAGUACUGGGAUUAUGAAUCUUACGUUGUCGAUUGGGGGCAACAAGAUGAUUACCAGCUAGUGAGGAAAUUGGGUAGGGGUAAAUAUAGCGAAGUAUUCGAGGCCAUAAAUGUUACAAACAAUGAGAAUUGUGUUGUAAAAAUAUUGAAGCCCGUGAAAAAGAAGAAAAUAAAAAGGGAAAUAAAAAUUUUAGAAAACCUUAAAGGUGGGACCAACAUAAUUACACUCCAAGCAGUUGUCAAAGAUCCAGUUUCAAGGACACCGGCACUGAUUUUCGAACAUGUGAACAACACAGAUUUCAAGCAAUUAUACCAGACGUUAACUGAUUACGACAUAAGAUACUACCUCUACGAAUUAUUAAAAGCACUAGACUAUUGUCAUAGUAUGGGAAUUAUGCAUAGAGAUGUGAAACCGCACAAUGUUAUGAUAGAUCAUGAAAAUCGAAAAUUACGAUUGAUCGACUGGGGACUAGCUGAGUUUUACCACCCUGGUCAAGAAUACAAUGUACGAGUAGCUUCCCGCUAUUUUAAAGGCCCGGAAUUACUCGUAGAUUAUCAAAUGUACGAUUAUUCAUUAGAUAUGUGGUCUUUGGGUUGUAUGCUCGCUAGUAUGAUAUUCAGGAAAGAACCGUUUUUUCACGGACAUGAUAACUACGACCAGCUAGUUCGAAUCGCAAAAGUUCUGGGAACUGAAGAACUGUUUGAGUAUCUUGACAAAUAUCAUAUUGAGCUAGAUCCUCGCUUCAAUGACAUUUUAGGCCGACAUUCGCGUAAGCGUUGGGAGCGCUUUGUACAUUCGGAGAAUCAACAUCUAGUGUCCCCGGAUAGUUUGGAUUUUCUUGACAAACUCUUACGCUAUGAUCAUUACGAGAGACUAACUGCGCGCGAGGCAAUGGAACAUCCUUAUUUUUAUCCCAUAGUAAAAGAACAGGGUCGUUUGAGCAUGGUGUCAUCAUCACCUACUCCCAUGGCAGGCUCAGUGCCUGUAGGUGAGUAGCGGCCCAGUCGCAAAUGUGGUUUGCACUUUACAUUGGAAUAUAAUCUGUAUUUAAGUAAGAUAAAAAAGUGUAAGUUGUAAAUACAUUACAAAUAGAAAAUAUUGAUUAUACAUACAUAUAUACUGCUUAUUUGCUACAUUAACUAAUUUCAUAUGUUAAUUGAUAUAAUAAAUGACAAACC